CUAAUUCAAACUAGUAGUAGUUUUUUCCCUUGGUUAGGACGGUGCUAACUCUUGUACAAUUAGCACCAUAACUUCUUGUACCACCUAAAAAUUGUACCCCAUAUAUUUCUUGUGUUGGCCCAUCAAUAAUAACCGCCAAUUUCCACUUUUUUUUUUCCAUUGAUCGGGAAUGAAAUAGAUAUUACAGGACGUUAGAUAACCAGACGCGACAUUCGACACAAUAUCGAGCUGUCGAUGAAAGGGCAUUAGAAGCCACUAAGUGGGCAGCCCUGUAGUACAACCUCGGCGUAAAAGUACAAAUAAAGAAAUUAAAAGACACAGACGCCAAACAAAUCUCUUUCAAUAUCGCUCCACCUGUCGCAUGCGCCACAUCACGAGAUUGCAUCAUAAUGGAUGGAUGCUUGUAUGGUCAAGGGAAAACUACGUGCCCCUGCAAAAACAAACAAACACACAAGCGCCCAUACUGUAGGACAACUAAACUCCACCGAAUGGACUUAAACAAGCCAUUGAGACUUAGUCGGAUACUCCUAAUCAAAAGCUAACAAUGUCAAAAGAAUAACAGUUUCUAAUACUUUUUUUUACAGAAAAGUUAAUGAAAAGUUUAAAUAUACGAGCAGUUAAGGAAAAUAAAAUUAAAAGAUUUUAGAAUUAUAUUUUUGGAAAUAAAUACAUAUUAAAAUAAGGAGGAAAGAGAAAGAACAAGCGUAUCUGAAACGGAUCGCAGUUGGAAUCGCCUCUGGAUUUGUAACCGUUGCUCUGGAAUUGUAACCGUCGGAUCCCAAAACUGAAGCCUCCUACAGUGUAACUGCCGGCCGUCGGGAUUCGCGUCGUCGGAAGCAAACUUCGAACGCUCGACGGCGGUGGAGGCCUUCCGAACAUACACCUUCCGAUCUCCUUUUACUCACUGGCAGAAACCCCCAUCUUAUCCCCUCCCGAAUUCGUAAAUCCACGAUAACUAGGAUCGAAACAGCAAUGGCGUCGCCUUUCCAGGUGAACUCCAACGCUUUGUUCCUCUGCGGCACCGCCGACGCCGAGGGAGCCAUCGCGGUGGUGAACACCGUCACUGAUCUCCAUUCCGCUGCCUGCCCCUCCGAUCAGUGGAGCAUCGUCGCCGCCGCCGUAACCGAAACCUCCACCUUCACCUUGCAAUCGAUUGCACCUUGGAGUUCAGACUUGUCCGCUUUAGAAGCUUUGAGGGCGCGCACUGCGUUGCCCUGAGCAUCGAUUGCAGAUUGCUUCUGCCAGAGCUCUGCGGAGUGAUUCCUCGGAGACUGCGUCCAUCACCAGACUGGGAUGGUUGACAUCUCACUACAAAAAAAAUGGUCUAUGGCAAGGGUUAUUUUUGUCUAUAGCAAGGGUUAUUGCAAUCCUUGGAUGAACCCUUGGCAAAGCUACCCCUGCUACGUGUAGCAAGGGUUUUGAGUGACCCUUGGUGGAAGUCCUAUGCAAGGGUUGUACCAAGGGUUUAAAACCCUUGCUAUACUUAACUACAAUUAAAAGGGAACUAUGGUCCCAUAACUUCCAUUUAGCAAGGGUUUUUAACCCUUGCUACGUGAACAUCUUUCGUGACGACAUUCUUGUUACUAAAAUGAAGACAUUCCGUCACCAAUGUCAAGGUAUUUUCGUCACUAAAAAUCCUUGCUACAUUAACAUCUUUCGUGACGACAUUCUUGUUACUAAAAUGAAGACAGCUGUCACCAAUGUCAAAUACUUCAAUAAAUUGUAAUAUUCUUG